AUGCCGUUCAGAUCUGUAUACUGGCUCCUUAUUUCUCCUUUGCAAAACCAACCAACCAACCCCCGUGGUGUUUCACCUGUGCAUGAGAAAAUUCACGGUGGCACAGAGCUGCAGCGCCGUGGUUUCGACUGGGUUCGCUCGGGCCGCUCUGACAGCAGCGGAGGCCCACCCGUGCCCCGUGGGGCUGCACCACUGGAGUUUGUCAACGCCGUUGGCUUUGCUGACCUGCCGUGGUGUGAGGGAAAUCGUGGUGGCACCAGCUCCCAGUGCCAGCGGUGCCGGCUCAUGGGCCCUGCUAGAGGUUGUGUCCUGGAGGGCUUCAUCGGCUCCAGGGGGUCAAAAAUCAGUCCUGAGGCUUUGCUGCCGUGUAGAGGCACCUACAGCAGAAAGGUCAAAGGCAUACGUGGAGAGCAACCAACCGGCCUUUCCAAAUUGGAGUCUCAGUGGAAGUUCCAACAGCUCACUUACCUUGGAGAACAGCCCAUCUUCACCACCAGAGCCCAUGUCUUCCAAAUUGACCCCAGCACGAAGAAGAACUGGGUUCCCGCAAGCAAGCAGGCUGUAACUGUUUCCUACUUCUAUGACAGCACGAGAAACAGCUAUCGGAUUAUCAGUGUGGAUGGAGCCAAGGUGAUCAUAAACAGCACAAUCACACCUAAUAUGACCUUCACUAAAACAUCGCAGAAGUUUGGCCAGUGGGCGGACAGCAGAGCGAAUACUGUGUUUGGUUUGGGCUUUCCCUCCGAGCAGCAGCUGACAAAGUUUGCAGAGAAAUUCCAAGAAGUAAAAGAAGCUGCCAAACUAGCGAGAGACAGAUCUCAAGAGAAAAUUGAGACCUCAAGCAAUCAUUCCCAGGAAUCUGGACGUGAAACACCAUCUUCCACUCGAGCAUCUAGUGUGAACGGGACAGAUGAUGAGAAGGCAUCACACAGUGGUCCUGCUGAGGCACAUCUCAAGUCUGAGAAUGAUAAAUUAAAAAUUGCUCUAGCCCAAAGUUCAUCCAAUGUGAAGAAGUGGGAAACGGAGCUGCAGACGCUGCGAGAGAGCAACGCCCGGCUGACCACGGCGCUGCAGGAGUCCGCAGCCAGCAUCGAGCACUGGAAGAAGCAGUUCUCAGCCUGCAAGGAGGAAAACGACCAGCUCAGGAGCAAGAUUGAAGAACUGGAGGAACAGUGCAAUGAAAUAAAUAAAGAGAAGGAAAGAAAUGUGCAACUGAGUAGACGUCUCCAGGAACUGGAAACAGAACUUCAGGACAAAGAGCUGGAACUGGAAGAGCUCCGAAAGCAGGGUGAAAUUAUACCACAGCUAAUGUCAGAAUGUGAAUCUGUAUCUCAACAAUUACAGGCUGCUGAGAAAAAGAACAACGAUCUUGAAGAGAAAGUCAGAACACUAAGGACAGAAGUUGAAGAGAGCAAACACAGGCAGACCAACCUUAAAACUGAAUUAAAGAAUUUUUUAGAUGUACUAGAUGGGAAGAUAGAUGAAUUACAUGAUUUCCGACAAGGACUGUCUAAACUUGGGGUUGACAAUUAGAUGGCAAUAGAUUUUUUUGUAAUCUAGGGUCUGGAUGUUUGAUGUUUUGUUGAUCCCAAACAUGUGUUUUACAAAAUAUAACUAGAAUGUUCCA